CCAGAGAUCUGGAAAGUUACCCGCCAAUCACCGAGUUUCCUGGCGUUAUGAUUCAGCAUUAACAGAUGGGUCAGAUGUCAAUUUGGAUCUUACAGGCGGGUAUUAUGAUGCCGGUGAUUACUUGAAGUUCACUUAUCCAUUAAGUUACGCAGUAUUUAUGUUAAGUUGGGGAGGAUCCGACUAUAUUGAAGGAUACCAUAUGGCAAAUCAAACAGAUUAUUUGCGUACUCAAAUUAAAUGGGCUACAGAUUGGCUGAUAAAAGCCCAUCCAGAACCUUCAACCUUAAUUGUACAGGUGGGUAAUGUCAAAAUUGAUAACGAUUAUUUUGGUCCUGAUUCUGGAAUACCAAUCCCACGACCUUGUUACCAAAUAAACGAAACUCAUUUUGGUACAGAUGCUGCAUCUAUGGCAGCAACAGCAUUUGCAAGUGCAUCAGCAUUUUUUAAUAAUUUGGCCCAAAGUAAAGCUGGUGUUGAAGAAGAUGCCGCCUAUGCAGAUAUAUUACUCAUGCAUGCCACUCAGUUGUAUAACUCGUCUCAUAGCAUAGUCCCUUAUUCUCGAUAUCAGUCAUCCGUACCUACAAUUCUAGGCGCUUAUGCGAGUACAGCAUAUUUGGAUGACUUGUUGCUAUCAGGAUUGGCUUUAUAUAGAGCCACCGAAGACGAAACAUAUCUCCAACAAUCUCUUGAAAUUUACAAAUCCAGCCCUGGUGCUAGUAGCCAUAUUGAACCUCUUGAUUGGGAUAAUAAGUGGGGUGCUUUGUAUGUAUUAUUUGCGGAGCUCAUGCUCAACAGUUCUGAUCAAACCGAGGCACUUGCAAGAAGAGUUGAUGCAGAAAUUUAUCUCGAUGGCCUUGUAAGCGGUACAGGAGUAAACAAAACAAAUGGUGGUUUAUUGUUUUGGGACUUUUAUAGUGAUGCUAACAGUAAUCAAAAUGCCAUGAGUGCAAGUCAUUUAUUACUAUCUUAUUCCACAAACGUGUUGCGACCUCUUUCGGAAACUUCUAAUGAUAAAGGCCCAAUUUUAGAAAAGAUCAAGCGUUAUGAAGAUCUUGCUAAAAGUCAACUUGAUUAUGUGUUUGGUAAAAACCCAAUUGAGCAAAACUAUAUAGUCGGGGAACGAUCCAAUUCGCCAAAAUAUCCUCAUUCUGCACCGGCCAGUGGAUUCGCCUCGCUAGCUCAAGCCAUUUCUAAUCCCACUGACAGAAGCAAAUCACAUGUGAUCUACGGGGCUCUGGUUGGAGGCCCUAGCCGAAAUGAUUCUUUUGCGGAUGCUCUUUUAGACUGGUCGCAGACAGAAGUAGCGCUAGAUUACAACGCACCAUAUCAAAAUUUAUUAGCCUAUCAAAUCAUGUUUAGCGCAGAUGAUCCAUACUAUAUUCCUAAAAGAGAUACAACAAACAAUGAUAAACCAGACUCGCCUAGCGAUGAAGAACCUUCUGCUGGAUUCCCAUCAUGGGGAAUUGCACUGGCUGUGGUGUUACCUAUCUUAUUCAUCAUAUCCCUCUUCGCAUUCCUGUUUAUCCGACAUCGUCAAAAUAAGAUUGAAAAGAACAAAAUCAAUAGCGAUAUUGAGGAAAUUAUGGUCCAGCAGCUUGGUAUUGAUGAGUCUCAUGUGUCUGAAACUACCUUGGUAGCAAGUCAAGAUGGGUCUGCCAUAAAAAAAGAAAAGAUAUAA